AUGGAUGAAGAAACGGACAAUCACGUCUUGUAUCUUGAGGAGAGAAUUCGCAAGGGAGAUUCAUUCAACCUCACCGAGUGGCCAAAAGGGGACGCAACCUUAGAACUGCUGGUCCCAAAGCAACCGAAGCCUAAGGCUGCACCGCGUAAAAAAAGAACAGCUGCUACAAAACUGUCAGAUGACUCUCCCACCUCCCAGUUGCUCAAGGAAAAUCAACUCCUUGAGGAAGAAGCUAAUCAACUCAAAGCUGAACUUGAAAGACUCGAGCGCAGGUUAAACACUAGUUCCACCAUGUCUGAAUCUGCUACAAGUCCAUGCUCAGAACGCGACGGAGUUGAUGCGACGGAGAUGAGCUGUGAAGACAGGCUCUUGAAACCGAGAAACAUACCCACUCCUACUCAAACUUUUGUGGAAGGCACAUCUACAUCUUUGGAGGAGGUAAAUGUUGCAAGUUUACUACUAUCUCUUCAGGAAGGCACAUCUACAUCUUUGGAGGAGGUAAAUGUUGCAAGUUUACUACUAUCUCUUCAGGCUCAACGCCUCACACCAACAGAACCAUCCCCUGCAAAGGAAACAGACUAUACAACAGAGGUGGCUCUUACUACACAAACGGACAUAUCUCUUCCUCCAUCGACAGAAGGUCCGACCACACCAAAUAACAGUCAGGGUCAACAACUCGCAACACCUCAAGGAUCGCCUGCAAAUGAGACGGACAAAGAGGUGGGAGUUACCACACAAACGGACACCACACUUCCCCAAUCGAAUCAAGGACCGACCCCACCAACUAACAAUCAGCAUAACUCUCCAACCAAGAAAAGAAAACUCACUCCUUCAGACUCCGAGACUAUGCCCAAUAAGAAAGCUGUGGACCGAACCGAAGAAAUGGCUGAGCCAGAACAAGAACCGGCUCAGGAAGAAGAGACGGGGCAGAAUGUUGAGGGUGGAAGAGGCCAUGAGGGUAGCAACUUGGUGGGAUGUGGUGCGGAGACAAGAACACCAGCAGAUGAUGCAUCAAUCACUGCCGAGGUGGUCUUGGACUCACCACCAGCAGAGCAUGAUCCAAUACAACAAGAUUCAGCAGAUCCUAUAAUAAACAUUAACAAAGCUGAGGCUCUUCGAGCCAAAGAUAUGGCACAAGAUUUGAUGAGAAAUUCACAUUUCUCCACUGCUCGUACAGUUGCAGCGAAAGCCCGGGAAAUGGAUAAAACCCUGGAGAAAAUCGAUCACAUGAUAAUGGUGUGUGAUGUUCACUGUGCAUUGUCGGAAUCACGGAAUGAGACUGAUUGGUACAAGAUUCUCCAAGUCGAUCAGAACGCAGACUAUGCCGCCAUUAAGAAACAGUACAACAAGCUUGCCCGUUAUCUCCAUCCGGACAAAAACAAGUUCCCUGGUGCUGAAUCUGCUUUCAACACUAUAACGGAAGCUCGAAGUGUUCUCUUGGACAAUACAAAAAGGAUUAAAUAUGACGAUGACCGUAAAGGCAAAACACCUGCACCGUCACCUCAACACCAAGCUUCUUAUACUCAGCCUGUUUCCAAGACAAACGUUGAUGUGGAGGCCGCGAACAGCUUCACGACCGGUUUGAGACCUGAAUACUUGAGAGAGUGUUGA